AUGGCCAGCUCAGCUUCCCUGGAGACCAUGGUGCCCCCGGCCUGCCCGCGCGCUGGAGCGUCACCAGCCACUUCUAAAACACUAGCCUUCUCCAUCGAGCGCAUCAUGGCCAAGACGUCCGAACCCCGAGCGCCUUUUGAGCCCCGGCCUCCUGCACUAGAGGCAGACAGCAGCCAGAGCAAGAAACUGCUCAACCUCUGCUCGCCGCUGCCCUGUAUGAUCCCCCUCCAGCCUCUAGGCUACGAGGUGCCGUCCAAGACACUGCUCAGUUACUCGGAGUUCUGGAAAAGCAGCCUCCGGGCGGGCGGCGGCGGAGGAGGAGGCAGCGGCGGGGGGGGCCCAGUGUGCGGCGCCAGCGGCUUGUGCAAAACCAACUGUGGCGUGUGCUGCAAGGCCGAACUGGGCCUUGCGCCGUCUGCGCUGCCGGCCGGCAGGGUCAUCAAGCCGCAGGUCAUCAACCAGGCGGUGGGGCUGCCGGCCAGCGGCUCGCUCUACUACUUCAACUACCUGGACUCCACUGCUUACCCACCAUCGGAGCUCCUCGGCAGCCACCUUUUCCCAUCUGGCCUCCUCAACGCACAGGCCCCCACUUCCCUGGCUGCUCACCCCAAGCUUUUUCUGCUGGAGAACGCCAAACUGGCCAGCCUGACUGCGGACAAGUUCCCCCAUCCAGCUCCCUAUCCCCAUAAGGAGCGCUUGCCUGCGCCGCUGGAGCAGGUGCUGAAGGAGAACUCGGCCUUGACCGCUGACCGAGGGGGAGUCAAAAGCCACAGCAAACUCCCAGGGGGCUCUACUGACAGCAAACCCAAAAACUUCACCUGUGAAGUGUGCGGCAAGGUCUUUAAUGCUCACUAUAACCUCACCCGCCACAUGCCUGUCCACACCGGAGCUAGACCGUUUGUGUGCAAAGUCUGUGGCAAAGGUUUCCGCCAGGCCAGCACUCUCUGCAGACACAAAAUUAUCCACACCCAGGAAAAGCCACAUAAGUGUAACCAGUGCGGCAAAGCCUUCAAUCGGAGCUCCACGCUCAACACGCACAUCCGCAUCCACGCGGGCUACAAGCCCUUCGUCUGCGAAUUCUGCGGCAAAGGCUUUCACCAAAAAGGGAACUACAAAAACCACAAACUCACCCACAGCGGCGAGAAACAGUACAAAUGCACCAUCUGCAACAAGGCCUUUCACCAGGUCUACAACCUCACCUUCCACAUGCACACCCACAACGACAAGAAGCCGUUCACGUGCGCCACUUGUGGCAAAGGUUUUUGCAGAAACUUUGACUUAAAGAAACAUGUGCGCAAACUUCAUGACAGCGUGGGUCCCGCCACCGCCCCCUCUGCAAAGGACCUGGCCAGGACAGUUCAGAGCUGA